AUGGCCAUGGCCCUGACCCAGCGUCGCUUUUCCUCGCCACGGCCGCUCUUGUACAUGCCACCGCACAUCGUCGCGAGACAGGAGGCGCCACCACCGUCCUCGUCGCCGUUGCCGCCCUCCGCGUCUUCGCUUCUCGCCGCCGCCAUGCCGCGACCACCGCCUUCGCCGUUCUCUCCGGCCACGCACAAGCGCAAGCGAAGCCAGGCGGUCAUGGACGAUGCCGGGGGGAAAGGCGGCGGGGUGAGUGGUGCUCGAGCGACGUCGGACGCCGCGCCAUCGAUCAAGAAGAGGCUCUCCUUGCCCACCGCGACGCGUAACAGCAGCGGAGCGAGCACCAGUGUCGCAGCCACGACACCGUUCCCCGCGGCGGUGCGAGCAUCGGGCUUGCGCCGACGACCUUCGCGACAGAGCUUUCCUCCCGCGCAAGCCAAGACUGUGGCGACUGAUGCUGCGCCAACGGCGGCCGGCCCACCACCAUCGUCGACUCCACGGCAUGUGGCGCCUGCGAAGCCGAUGGCGGCGACAGUGGAAGAGGAAGCGGAGAAAACGGAGGAAGAAGAUCGCGAUGAAGACGAUGAAGAAGAGGGGGUGGGAGAAGGAGAGAAGCGUGCCGUUGCGGGAAGUCCGGCCAAGCAGCGCAAGAGAGCCCUGAAGCAGCAAAGCGAGCGGCCAGAGAGCGGCAACAAGCACGAUGCGGAAGAGGCCAAACGAGUUUACUCGUCGUCGCUCUUUGCCAAGCUCCUCAACAAGCAGCUGUUUGGCGAGUUCGUCAGGCAGAUGGAUCCGGGCAUCAAAGUCGCUCCUGACGCCUACGAGCAGUUGAACGAAGGGCACAAGGUGGUGGAUGGGACCAACCGCACUGUGUCCGACAUAGCACACGAGCACCUGCCGAUGGAGCUGGUUGCGGAGGUGAUCCCCGUGGCCAAGGCCAACAAUGUCAUCACUCGCACCAGGCCCUCGGUCCGCCAGCGAUCCAGCAGAAGCGGCUUACACGAGGUGUUGUAG